AAAAAAAGAAAAUAAAAUCCUGCACGCUGCUCCUAAUCCCCUUAUCCACACUGACACUGGUGUUGUGUCGAAUGGCAACUUUAGAAUUAGCUCUCACAGUGUUCGCACCUCAACGACUUUCCCAUAACUAUGGUUUCCAUGCAAAGGCACCACAGUCAAUUAAGCUCAACACUUCCAUUCCUUUCUCUUCCCUUGUCUUCUCCUCCAAAACCCCAACACUCUGCUUCCACUUAUGCUCUGCUUUGCAAGAGGUAGCAGCAACAGAGGAAACACAAGACCAAACCCAACUAACAAACAACGUCAAGAAGAAACUCUACGUUGUUAACUUACCUUGGUCUAUGUCCGCCUCAGACAUCAAAGAUCUCUUUGCCCAAUGCGGAAAUGUAACCGACGUCGAGAUAAUAAAGAACAAAGAUGGGAGGAGCAGAGGCUAUGCUUUCGUUACCAUGGCUUCCGGUGAAGAAGCUUUGGCUGCUGUUGAUAAAUUUGACUCUCAGGAAAUAUCAGGACGGAUAAUAAGGGUAGAACUUGCGAAGAGAUUCAAGAAACCUCCUUCACCACGUCCACCAGGUCCUCGUCCUGGAGAGGCACGACAUGUACUUUAUGCAUCCAACCUUGCAUGGAAAGCAAGAUCUAUCCAUCUCAAACAAGUCUUCACUGAAAAUUUCAAAACACCAGUUUCAGCUAGGGUUGUCUUUGACAGCCCAUCUGGAAGAUCUGCUGGGUAUGGAUUUGUUUCUUUUCUUACAAGGGAGGAAGCAGAGGCUGCUAUUUCUGCUUUGGAUGGGAAGGACUUAAUGGGACGACCAUUACGUCUAAAAUUUAGUGAAAAGAAAGUUGAAGAAGCUGGAAGUGAAAAAGAUGAAGACCAAGGUUCUGAAGAUCAAAUUGAAGAAGCUGAAAGUGAUGAAGAUGAAGACCAAGGUCAUGAUGACGCUCAACUGGAAUAAUCAUAAAUCCUAAUUAUUCAUUUACUGAUCUUUGGUCGUGGUACGUGGAUUGAGAGGAAACCUCUAAAGCUGGAAUUUUAGUGUGUAUACAGAACUAUGAUGGAUGAGUUUUUGCAUGCACAAUCUUCUUCACUGAAGUCAAGUUUACUAUACCUUUAAAAUGUAGGUGACAAUUUAAUAAACUUAACAUAAUUUUUCCUAUAAAUUUCAUCUCUGGAAUUUUUUUUUCCACUCCCAUUUUAAACUUUGUACUUAUGGUAUGAUAAAACUAUAAGAUCUUGUGAAUUAAUUAAACUGUAAAACCAUGUACAUCGAGACUAAUAAGUGCAAUUCAUUAUCUUGGAUCCAUAUUCCAUAGAUCUCCAUCUUGUAUGCUAUUAUUCCAAUGUCUGAAUAUACCCUUGGAAUUUCUUGCC